UUCUUCAGCUGUAAAAGAGGAACGCAAUUCCUAUAUUUUUGGGUUCUGUACAAUGAAUAAGAAUAUUAACAUUUUGAAAAGACACCGUAUUAAUACGAAUAAUUUCUUGAUCCAUGGCAGCGGUUAUGUGUUUUACAUUCUUCAGUUUGAUUGGUUACCUCACUGGCCCAGGGCGAUCGAGGAGCAUUAUGAAGUGAGAAUAGGUUCAUCCCGUGAUCCCCAGCAUAUGGGUGAAACAGCGGUGAACAUUUCUGUGAAAUAUCUGUCUUGGAGUGAAACUGCAGCCAUCUGAAAUCCAGUCAGUCGUAGAUAGAUCUGCCUGGAAUUCGUUUCCCCUGAACUGCACCAAACUUUGGGACUGCUCUAGUAGAACGACAUUCUGACGAAUUUAAGAAGGUUAUAGCUGUCUGUCACACUUUGGGACUCUCGGACUAUGGGAACAAUGGAUAAAACCACAUUUCUGGACAAGAGACAGAAAAGAAGAGAAGUCUUAUUUUGCAUUACAGGGAUAUUUCUCGUACUUUACGGAACAGUUCACCUAAUUUACAAAGUAGCAGUGAUUUCAACACAGUACAGUUCUUCACGGGUCCGACGGGAUGUUGAGAAUGAUACUCGGUGUGUCCCCCCUCCUUCCUCAGAAUUCCCAGAGGGAUUUUUCACAGAACAAGAAAGAAAAGCAGGCGGGAUUGUAAUUUAUUUCAUGAUUAUUUUUUAUAUGCUGUUAGCCGUUUCUGUUGUCUGUGAUGACUACUUCUUACCUUCUCUGGAAGCCAUCAGUGAACGUCUCGGUCUUUCUCAUGAUGUUGCUGGAGCAACUUUCAUGGCCGCUGGUAGCUCAGCCCCAGAACUAGUGACUGUUUUCCUAGGUGUGUUUGUCACUAAAGGAGAUAUCGGUGUUAGUACUAUAGUUGGAUCAGCGGUCUACAACCUUCUAGCGAUAUGUGCAGCAUGCGGACUUCUUUCCUCUUCAGUCUCCAAGCUGACUUGCUGGCCUUUGUUUAGAGACUGUGUGGCAUACGCCAUAAGUGUGUCGGCUGUAAUUGCGAUUAUUUCUGAUAACACGAUAUACUGGUAUGAGGCUGCUUCAUUACUGCUGGUUUACGGAGUGUAUAUUGUGGUGCUUUGCUUUGACAUUCGCAUCAACCAGUACAUGAUGAAGAAGUUUAGUCCCUGCUGUACCUGCCUGACUAAAGAAAUGGAGGAGACUAAUGAGCAGCAUUCAUUGCUUGGCUGGAACGAUGACAAUGGCCUGCUGGUACACAGACAUUCCAGAACUGACAGUGGGAUAUUUCAGGAGGACUCAGGAUACUCACAGCUUUCUCUAAGUUUACAUGGACUUGGAGAUGUUUCUAAUGAUCAUCGAAGUGUCUUCACAAUUCCCGAGGCUGACCUCAAGAGAAUCCUGUGGGUGCUGUGCUUACCCAUAAUCACGCUGCUGUUCUUGACCACUCCAGACUGCAGAAGGCAGUUCUGGAAAAGAUGGUUCCCACUGACCUUCCUCAUGGCUGCAGUGUGGAUCUCUGCAUUCACAUAUAUCCUGGUGUGGAUGGUCACCAUUGUAGGAGAAACACUGGGGAUUCCAGACACGGUAAUGGGUCUCACUCUUUUGGCAGCCGGAACAAGCAUUCCUGACACAGUUGCAAGUGUCUUGGUUGCUAGAGAAGGAAAGGGAGACAUGGCAAUGUCCAAUAUUGUGGGAUCCAAUGUGUUUGAUAUGCUGUGCCUGGGCUUACCGUGGUUUAUAAAAACUGUUUUUGUGGACAACUCCUCACCUGUGCAAAUUAACAGUUCUGGCUUGUUAUAUACAGCAUUUACCCUCCUCCUCUCAAUCAUUGUGUUAUUCAUGGCUGUACACAUUAAUGGGUGGAAGCUGGACAGGAAGCUAGGUGCUAUAUGUUUUGUUUUCUACCUUCUCUUUGCAACUUUGUCUAUUUUGUAUGAACUUGGCAUUAUUGGCAGUAGCCCAGUAAGAGCAUGCAAUGAUUGAACUGAUAGGCUUUGGAACACCACAAAAAUGUUUUAAAUGCAAUAAAUAUUUUUUUUUCAUUUA